AUGCCUAUUAUGUUGGAAGACUACCAAAAGAACUUUUUAGAGUUGGCCAUCGAAUGUCAAGCUCUAAGAUUUGGUUCAUUCAAGUUGAAAUCAGGUAGAGAGUCACCAUAUUUCUUUAAUUUAGGAUUGUUCAAUACCGGCAAAUUGCUUUCCAAUUUAGCUACUGCGUAUGCAAUUGCCAUCAUACAAUCUGAUUUGAAGUUUGAUGUGAUUUUCGGCCCCGCCUACAAAGGUAUCCCACUAGCUGCUAUUGUCUGUGUGAAAUUGGCAGAGAUUGGUGGCUCUAAAUUUCAAAACAUUCAAUACGCUUUUAACAGAAAGGAAGCCAAAGAUCAUGGUGAAGGAGGUAUUAUUGUCGGCUCUUCCCUAGAGAACAAGAGAAUACUAAUCAUCGAUGACGUCAUGACUGCUGGUACUGCCAUUAACGAGGCAUUCGAGAUCAUUGGUAAUGCUAAGGGCCAAGUAGUUGGCUCUAUAAUUGCUCUAGAUAGACAAGAAGUUGUGAGUACCGACGAUAAAGAGGGAUUGAGUGCCACUCAAACUGUUAGCAAAAAAUACGGUAUUCCAGUCUUGAGCAUUGUCUCUUUAAUUCACAUAAUUACCUAUUUGGAAGGUAGAAUAACAGCAGAAGAGAAAAGCAAGAUCGAGCAAUACCUUCAAACCUACGGUGCCUCCGCUUAA